CGAAAGGCUUAUACGUAUGCUGUAGUUAAUCCAAUGAGGAAGAAAAGUUUCUAUGUUUGCCACAUAAAUCUUCUAAGGACUCUAUCUGCAAUUGAUAUUCAAAAAGAGUUUAUCUUGGAACUAAAAAUGAAGCACGUUAGUUUUGCAAUUCUUCAGAAUAAUUGAAGAAACAUAAGAUGAGAUAUUUUACUCAUGUCCUGAUCAGCUUUUUUUUCCGGAGGAGCUCGGCAGCUGAAUUCGAAUGUGGUUUUAAGAUUUCAGACUAAAAUUUCACCUUUCUGAGUUUGCAAUGUCUAAACUGAUAUACUCUUUUUAUACCAACUAGAAACAUCGAUAUACUGUUAAUUACUCAUAAAGUUUGCAUUUUUUUGGGGUUCCCAAUUGAUAUUGGAAUUGUUAUUGGUAUUGGUACUGGAAAAUGGUUAAUUUUCCCAAUCUUAACUUUAAUGCUCAGCCUAUAAAGACAUUUUUAGGACUAUCGUCAUCAUAUCCACCAGCUUUAACAAGUGGUUUAACAGUUUUCUUGGUUAUUAUUUAUUUGUUAAGUUUUGUCACUUCCAUCAACGAGGCAAUCGCAUUAAAUCCCUGGGCUCCAUUUCAACUAAACUUGAACAAAAUUUCGUUAUAUCCUCUCGGUCAUUUAUCUUUGUUACAUUUAAUCUUUAAUGUCAUUGCAAUAAUUUCUCCAUUGUCAAGAUUUGAAUCGAAAAAUGGCACAGUAUAUACAGGAAUUGUAUUGAACAUAUUAGCUGUCUCAACUGCUUUACCAUUUUGCCUUUUGGGAAUUUUAUUCUACCCAAAGACCAAUGCUAUUGGCGCAAGUGCUUGGGUUUUUUCUUUUGCUGCAUAUUUUGCACAUAAGGAAUCGUUAUCUGUUGCAUCAUUUAGAAUUAAUUCGAAUUUCUCAUUUCCAACGAUUGCAACUCCAUUUAUUCCAUUGGUUUUAAUCACUAUUUUUUUUCCUGGCUCUUCAUUCAUGGGCCAUUUUUUUGGAAUUAUUUCAGGUUAUUUAUUAAGUUUUGGUAAAUUAGAUAUAGUGAUCAAUCCUCCUUUAACCAAAGUUGUGCCAUGGAUUGAAGAUAAAUUAUCGCCCUUAAUUGCUAAAAUUCCUUCAGAAUUUCACUAUUACAAAGAAAAUGACUCCAAGUCUUCAAGAAGUGAAAGUUACACUUCUAUUAUCAGACGCCAACAAAACAACGCCGGCAACUCUACAAACACAAGAAAUGGAAUAUCAGGAUUAACCUCAAACCAUAGUCACUCUAUGAGUGGAAUGACUGGAAUAUUACCUGUUUCAGAGCCUCCAACUCCUCAAGUGGCCAAGUUUCCUGGACAGGGCUAUAGCUUGAAAUAGAUGUCCUCUACUAUUUCAGUUUCAAGUCAAUCAAUUAGUAUUUAAUGAAUGUAUAGUCACAUAAUCAGUACGUACGGAAAAAUUAACAUGCUGUCGAAUGAUCGACUCUUCGUAGAAAUCGCAAAAAAGCCGAAAUCCG